AUGCUCCUAGACCAAGCCGAACCCACUCGCAGCAGUAGCGGCGUCUCGAAAGAGACCCGCGAACUCAUGGCUCGGCGUCGUCAUGAGCUUGAGGUCGCCAUCCACGAUGAGGAGCGCAUCCAUGUCCAAGGCCGCCACGUGACGGAUAAAAAUGCCAUGCGCAAUAAUGAAACACGGCGACGCGAGCAUUUAAACCGCCAGGCCUCAAAAAAACUUGCGCAUGCCAGCCUCUAUCAGCGGUGGGAGUCGGACGACACGGGCUUGGAGUUGGAUGAACGAGAAGUCGCGGAUCGCAUCACCCAGGAUGAUAUUCAGCAGGCCGUAGACAUCCAGACCCAGCACAAAAAAUAUGAACUCCUGCUUGACAAGCUAGGACCUUAUAAAAUCAACUUCACGACGAACGGCACACACUUACUACUAGCCGGGCUACGUGGGCACCUCGCAAACAUUCGCUGGAAGUCUUUUCAGCUUGAGGGAGAGACUCAACUCAAAGACAAACUCAACGAUGCGACUUUCUUAGUGGACCACACGAUGACCGCCGUAGCGCAAAAACGGUACGUCUACAUGUACACCAAAGAGGGAACCGAGAUGCAUAUUCUCUCAAAGUUCGCCCACAUGGACCGACUAGGCUAUUUGCCCAAGCACAUGCUGCUUGUGGCGACCUCGUCCGUCUUCAGCGUCAUGCAAUACCUCGACAUCAGUACCGGGGUUGAGUUGGGCACCAAAACCCCCGCCAUCAUGAGGGAUCCAGCCUCUUGCCUGGCGGUAAAUCCCGGCAAUGGCGUCGUGGCCUCCUGUGAUCUGCGUGGGGUCUUGAAAUUUUGGUCCCCCACCGUUCUCGACCCACUUGUGCAGCUUAAAGCCCACAAAGGCGUCGUGGAUGACAUCGCCUUCCACCCUAACGGACGCUUCUUCUUGACCCUCGGGGGGGAUCACAAGCUGAAGGUGUGGGACUGCCGAACCCUUCGCGCGCUGGAGGAGUACGCCAUCACCUACGACUUCCAUACGAUGGACAUCUCCGCGAAAGGCCUCGUGGCGCUGGGCGGAGGCACCAACAUCCAAAUCUGGCGUGACAUGUUCACAUCGAAAAAGCCGAAUGCCCCGUAUAUGAAGUUCGGCCUCGGCUACGGAAAGAUUGCGCAUCACGUAAAGUUCUGCCCCUUCGAGGAUGUCCUCGGUGUGGGGCACACCAAAGGCUUCACCUCGCUGCUAAUUCCAGGCUCAGGGGAGCCCAAUCCUGACUUCUUCUACGCAAACCCGCACGAAACGGAGCGUCACCGCAAGGAACGCGUUGUGACCAAUUUGUUAGAUAAGCUCCCGCCAGACACCAUAUCGAUGGAUGUGCAGAUCCCCGGCGUUGAUGAGGUUCGCCUUGCGGAGUACACCGAAAACGUUCGACUCAACCGCAAGGCCAAGGCGAUCCGGGAAAAGAAGCAGCGUCGGGUGGAUCGACAGGCGGCGGACCACGCCCCAACCGGGCUUCUUGUCGGCAAUGAGGAGGAAGUUGAUGAGGAGAUCGGCUAUAAGGAGAAGCCCGUGACGCGGGCGCUGAAGACGAAACAAGAAAAGGCGAAAGAGCGAAAGAUGCUGCGGUGGGAUAAGAAGGAUAGUACGGAUAAGGUGCGCAGCAAGCAGACGAUGCGGCAGUCUCGGCUGGUGCAGCAAAAGCGCACGCAACGCAUGCGUGAGGAACGGAUCGGCAAGUACGAUAAAGAUGACCUGGAUAAGGAUGAGGUGGAGGCGCUUGAGGAGGAGACCAGAAAGCGGAAGCAACAAGAGAAACGACGGCGGAAGGAAGCCGAAUCCGCGGACGAUGUACGAGAACUAAUGCAAAUACAGAGUGGAAAGCAACAAAGGAAAAUCCGACACGUUCGAAUAGAAUCAGGGACUCAAGAAAGAGGCAGCAGAAGUCAAAGUAAUAAUACAAAGGAGGAUGGUGCUCCCUCUAAUGCAGCACUUAAGCGUCUCUUGUAA